AUGAGUGUAGACGAGUUGGGUCAAAUAUUUGGGGUUGUCAAUUCAUCGCAAGUUGACGAAUAUGAAGUAAUCUACAUUCGCCGUCAUAGAGUGUCCGCCCCUACACGUCCUUUCCCGAACGGCGAUAAUCGUAACACGAAGAGAAGCAGCCCACAAGAUACCCAUGCUCGUUAUUCUUUCUUUGCCAAUGGAAAAACAUAUAACCUGAAGAUGCGACCUAACACCUUUCUUAUGGCACCAAAUAUGAAGACGGUCGUACGAAGCGGUGGAUUACUGGGCGAGGAAAUUGUGAAAGAACAUCCCAGAGGCACAGAAUGUCAUUUUCUCCACACUGAUGGUGAGGUAGUGGCAGCUCUCAGUCACUGCACCGACGACGACAUUGACGGUUACUUAAUCGAUGGAGGAAAAUCCUUGGAGAUCAGACCAGUACCUUCGAGACUUCGUCAGAUGCUCCACCUUCCUCCUGAUAACGAGGACGAAACUAUUAUGAUUGGCGCUCACAUCGUUCGGCCGAUUGAUCCACUACCCCAUUUUCAAGCCCAUCAAGCAAGCUGCGAAGUCGAAUUACCUAAUCGUAUGAGGGCCAUGAAUGUAACUCGGGAACCAGAGAUGAAACCUAAAACAUUUGAAAAGCGUAAAAGUAAUAAAAUUUCUACUGGAAAACAAAAUCUACACACAGGAAAAAAUGCCUUAGAAAAAUCAAUUACUGAAAAAUCUGCUCCAAACAAAGUUAUUGAACUGGGAAUCUUUAUGGAUUCAGCAGCCUUGGCUUUGUUUAUGCCAUAUUUUGGGGCACAAGAGUAUGUUAAGCUUCGUGAGUUGGUUCUUGCCUUUGUCAAUGCCAUGCAAGCGCUUUACCACCUCCCUAGUCUGGGUCAGCGGGUUGACUUGUCGAUAGUUUACAUGGAAUUCCAUGCAAAGCCAGCAGCCACACUACAUAGUGGUGGUGAACGUGGCCAAAUGCUUGAUUCGUUUUGCGCUUUCCAAACAAAACUUAACAAGCCCUCAGACAAUGAUGCAGAACAUUGGGAUAUGGCGCUGUUGCUGUCUGGGCAUGAUUUCUUUGCUGUCGAGAAAGGAAAAAACAAUUACGCAACAAUGGGUCUAUCCACUGUCACUGGUGUUUGCACUAGUAUUUACAACUGUGUUAUUGGAGAGCUUGGUGUAACAAACCAACAAGGCCAAACAUACCCGUCCACAGGUUUCAAUUCGGUCUAUGUAAUGGCUCAUGAAAUUGGCCACAAUUUGGGGAUGUCCCAUGAUAGUUCUGGAAACGCAUGCGCCAGGGAUGGUUUCAUCAUGAGUCCAUCUCGUGGCGUGGUAGGCGAAACCACAUGGUCGACUUGCAGUGCUAAAACUUUGGCUGCCAUUACAGAAACUUGCAUGAACGAUCUUCCAACGGGCAAAUUUCCCGAUUAUAACCACAACAAGUAUGGAGACAAGCCUGGGCAGCUCUGGUCGGCAGACGAACAAUGUCGAAUUCUACUAAGGGAUAAGGCUGCUGUUGCUUACUUCGCCUCUAACGCCGAUCUUGCCGAAUCUUGUAAUUCGAUGAAAUGUAAAACACCCAACCGUGAUGGCUAUUACAUUUCUGGUCCAGCUCUUCCUGGAACAAUCUGUGGAAGCUCAAUGUGGUGUCAUGGAGGAAAAUGCGUCUCAGUCGGCCGUGCAUUAAUUGCGAAAUCGGUUCAAGGGGGCUGGUCUGAUUGGAAACAUAAACCUUGUCAAUCUGGCUGUCUUGAGAAAUCUAAAGGAGCAGUGGAAAGUGAGAGGGAGUGUAACGAUCCAAAGCCCAGCGAUGUUUUGCAUCGUUGUGAAGGUGCCAGUGUCAAAGCAUCAAUCUGCGAUGACACCCAAUUCUGCAGUGGGAAAUCUCGUUUGGCGUCCGUUGAAUUCGCAAAGCAGGAGUGUGCCAAAUUUAGCCAACAGAUGCCUUUCAUCGAUGAAAAGGGAGUAGGCAUACAAGCAGCAUAUUCUGAAAGACGGCCUUGGCAGUCGUGUGCCAUUUUUUGCAAACGGAACGAUCGCGAUGGUUUUUACACACCACGUUUUGAGUUGAAUAGCUUACCAGAAAUUUCUGCUCAUUUUCCCGACGGUACUUGGUGCGGAAAUGAUGGAAAGACGGACCUUUACUGCCUACAACGAUCCUGCGUCUCGACUAAAGUGGCCGAAGGGCUGGUUCGCAGUGAAGGGAAAAACACAGAUUUAAAUUUUGCCAACAACGCUCCGAUGACGGGCAAAAUCCAUGACAAAAUUCCAACAGCUCUCGAGGAUUACUUUAUGCUGGAUAACGAUGGGAAUCCUCUGAAAGAAGAAAUUGAUGCAGAGACACUAAAAGUUGCUGAAGAGAGUCUAAAAAGCCAUAUGGGCUACGAAGACAUUGAUUUCAUCACUUUGAAACCACCUAAAUAAAAAGAAUGAAUGGCUAGAAAGACGUCACGUUGUUGAUGGUUCUCUCAAUCAUGUAUACCGGGGGACUGUGGUAAUUUUUUUUUUUUUAAUCCUUUCUUUUUCUUCUUUCUGGUCAAUAUUCUAGUCAACUAGUGGG